CUGAGCCUGCUGGUCAAAGAAGAGCUCCAAUUUAAGACCAAGACCUUCAACGGGGACUGACUGAAUUCAAACACACCUGAGAUUGUGUGAAAAUAGAGAACUCUUGUCUAGAAAAUGGCUCAAGUAAAUCUAAUCCUAGUGGCUUUUGGGGUCACGCUUCUCCUGCUGGCAGAGACGGGGGCCCAGAAUCCCAGGAAGAGACUGGCACCUCCAAAGCCUCCCAAAGGUCAGUGCUGCGAUGAGGUCCGCUCUCUCAAGGUUCAGGUGGCCAAUCUAACCAGUAUCCUUGAGGAGAUGAGCCGCAAGCAGGAGACAGACUUGAUGAAUGUUGUGAGGCAAAUUAUGGAGCUGGACAAGAACAACCGGCAGCAAGAAGCCAGGGUCACCGAGGCUGAGAGCAAGUACUCAGAGAUCAACAACCGUGUGGAGAUCAUGCAGCUGCAAACCCUACAGUCUGCUACCCAGACUUCAUCAGAUGCCAUAUAUGACUGUGCAUCCCUCUACAGCAAGAAUUACAAGAUCUCUGGCGAGUACAAACUGCCUAAGGAUGAGUUUCUGGGUACACCUGAGAUAAGCGUAUUCUGUGAUAUGGAGACAAAUGGAGGUGGUUGGACUUUGAUCCAAAGGCGCAAGGUGGGCCUGACAUCAUUCAACCGGGAAUGGAAGCAGUACAAAACUGGAUUUGGAUCCAUCCGGGGAGACUUCUGGCUUGGCAAUGACCACAUCUUCCGUCUCACAAGGCAGCCCAGUGUGCUCAGGAUUGAGAUGGAGGACUGGGAAGGACAGACGCGCUAUGCUGAGUAUGGCUUCUUCAAUGUGGGUAAUGAACUCAACAGCUACAAGCUCUUCAUUGCCAACUACAGUGGGAAUGCUGGAGACUCUCUGCGUUACCACAACAACACCAACUUCAGCACCAUCCACAAGGACAACGACAAAUGUGUGGAUGACUGUGCUUCCCUGCGCAAAGGUGGUUACUGGUAUAACUGCUGCACUGACUCUAACUUGAACGGAGUGUUUUACCGCUACGGUGAGCACACAAAGAGUUCAGAUGGGAUCACUUGGUAUGGCUGGCAUGGGUCCAACUACUCCCUCAAAAAAGUGGAGAUGAAGGUCAGGCCAGUGGGUUUCCAACCAUAAGUGCUUCAGCUGUGUGGCCUGGAUCAAGAUCAUAGGCAUAAAUACUGAGAGGUCUCACUGAUACUUGUUUGAACAAGUUGUGGGUUUUGCAUUGACUGCGAAAGGAUUAAGAAUGUUGUUUGUGAUGGUUACAUUUCUGUCAGAUGAAUGUGUUGUGUUUUUGCUGUGUUUGAUUGUAAAUUGUAGUUCAUUUUGUGUAUUUAUCAGUAAGAUAUUUUAUUUUU